AUAGUACUUGACUCAUUGGUAUGACGUAAAACGGACAAGGAAGUAACAUUGACCUUGUACUCAGCAUUUGGGUCAAUUUCAUUCAAUGCCUCCACCACCGUUCACCGCACCGCCGUUUUCACAUUACUCCGUACAAUAUAAGAAGGCUUGCAGCUCAGCCAGAUCUCUAUUUCCUGUACCUUUUCACUCCACGGACGGAUGGGUUAUUCCGACGGCGAGGGCGCGGAGGAGUACCUCUUUAAGAUAGUCAUCAUCGGCGACUCUGCGGUGGGGAAGACCAACCUUCUCUCCCGCUAUGCCAGGAACGAGUUCAAUAUGCACUCCAAGACCACCAUCGGCGUUGAGUUCCAGACCCAGACCCUUCAUAUCGACGGAAAGGAGGUUAAGGCCCAGAUUUGGGACACCGCCGGCCAAGAGCGGUUCCGGGCGGUCAUCUCCGCCUACUACCGCGGCGCCUUUGGCGUUCUCGUCGUCUACGAUAUUACCCGCCGCACCACCUUCGACAGUAUUCCUCGCUGGCUCGAAGAACUUAACAGUCAAACCGAGGACAUUACAACGGGAGGAAGGGAGUAUAAGAAAGUCAACAGAAGCUAGUCUGGAGUUCUGUAGAUGUAUUGAAAGUAUUUCUCAUUCUGAUACAACCGUUGCGAGGAUGCUAGUGGGCAAUAAAUGUGACCUGAACAACAUAAGGGCUGUGAGUGUUGAGGAGGGCAGAAGCAUUGCAGAAGCUGAAGGGAUGUUCUUUAUGGAGACGUCCGCGCUAGAUUCCACAAACGUAAAACAGGCUUUUGAGAUUGUUAUCCGCGAGAUAUAUAACAAUGUUAGCAGAAAGGUUUUGAACUCUGAUUCUUAUAAAGCAGAGUUAUCUGUCAAUAGAGUCCGCCUUGGCCAUAAUAAUAGUAAUGGAUUUGAUGAUGAUGCAUUGAAGCCGAACAAGAACAAGGGUUAUUCUUGUUGUUCUAGGUAGUUAACUGUUUUUCCAAGAAAAGGUUUUUCGUUUGUUCGACUGUUUGGUGUUUCUGUAAUUUAUUGGUUUGUUUUAAAUACCAGCAAUUUGUCAAUCACAUUUUAGUCAUACAUCUUUGUGUAAACAAAUGAAUCGUUGAGUUAUUUUCAGUUCAAGUGAUUAUUGUGUAAACAAUUUGGAUGCAAGUCUAAACCAGGCUGAAUACAAACGUUUGUAAGCCUAGCGUUUCUAAUAAGCGGAUUAUAUAAUACCUCCAGAUUCCCGGAGUA